UUCUGUGGGGAGGGCGGUGAGCCUGGAGGCACCCACCUCCAGGCCACGACAGCUCAGAUCCUCCAAAGCUCCGACUUAUCGGGGAAGAGCUACAUCUGGCCCAAUUACCUCCACAUAAUGGCGUCUCUUUUCUUCUCCACUCCGGUCGAUAUCGAUGUGGUCCUCGAAGACCUCGAUGAGCGCCAAACCGUUGACGUCAAGCUCGAGAAGGGCCGCCGCGAGCGGGUCCCUCUGUACAUGGAUGGAGAGUCCGUAAAGGGUGCCGUGACAAUCAGACCGAAGGAUGGCAAGCGCCUAGAGCAUACCGGAAUCAAGGUGCAAUUUAUUGGCACGAUUGAGAUGUUCUACGACCGAGGCAACCAUUACGAAUUCCUUUCUCUUGUCCAAGAGCUCGCCGCGCCCGGCGAGUUGCUACACCCGCAGACCUUCCCUUUCAACUUCAAAAACGUUGAGAAGCAAUACGAGUCCUACAAUGGUAUCAACGUCAAGCUGCGCUACUUUGUCCGAGUGACUGUCUCGCGCCGCAUGGCGGACGUCAUCCGUGAAAAGGACCUCUGGGUGUACUCGUACCGCAUGCCGCCAGAGAACAACAGCCCCAUCAAGAUGGAUGUUGGUAUUGAGGAUUGCUUGCAUAUCGAGUUUGAAUACUCCAAAUCCAAGUAUCAUCUCAAGGAUGUGAUCGUUGGUCGCAUCUAUUUCUUGCUCGUGCGGCUCAAGAUAAAGCACAUGGAGUUGUCUAUCAUUCGCCGGGAGACGACUGGUUCUCCACCAAAUCAAUAUAACGAGAGUGAGACGUUGGUGCGCUUCGAGAUAAUGGACGGUUCGCCAUCGAGAGGUGAAACCAUUCCGAUUCGCCUGUUCUUAGGUGGAUUUGACCUAACGCCGACAUUCCGUGAUGUUAAUAAGAAGUACUCGACGAGGUACUACCUCAGUCUGGUGUUGAUCGAUGAAGAUGCCCGUCGCUACUUCAAACAGUCCGAAAUUGCGCUCUACCGCCAAGCCCCCGAGAUCGCCCCGAACGCCCAAAUCGCACAGCAGCAGCAGAUUCAGCAACAGAUGCUCCUAGAGCAACAGCGUCAACAGCCUGCCCUCCCCCCGGGCUCUGCAACUGCUGGACCUGGAAGGGAAUCAGCGCCACUUCGACAGGAGCCUCAGCCUGUUUCUGCGCCCGCAGCAUAG